AGAUUAAUAAAUUAUGUCUAGUGAUAUCAUUGUAGAAUAUAGAAUCUUUCACUUGAAUGAUGAUGUCUUAAAAAUUGUUAGAAAUUAUUAUGAUGAUCUGAUUAACUCAGUUGCAAAAGAGUAUAUAUGGCAAAAAGAAAGCUUUAGACUAUCAUCAGUUGAAGAAUAUUCAGGACUUGCAUGCCUUAGUGGAAGCACAUGUGUUGGUGAGAAUAUUAAUGAUGAAUGGUUUAUUGUUUAUCUUCUUUUUGAAAUUAGUAAACAUCAUAAAGAUGUUAUUAUACAAGUGAAUGAUAAUGAUGGAGACUUUCUCUUAAUUGAAGCAGCUGAUUUUUUACCACCAUGGUUAACACCUGCUAACAGUGAAAAUAGGGUUUUCAUAAAAGAUGGAAAAGUGCAUUUUAUCCCUAUCCCAAGCAAUCCUGCUGAAAUAAUGGUUUACUUUCAUUCUACUCCAACCUUGAAGCAAGCUUAUCAUUUACUUACAUCUUCAUUAAAAACAGUUGGUAACGAAAAUGUACAGUGUGCUAUACAGAAAAGAAUAAGCUGUUAUCCAUCUAAGUUUAUGCAGGAGUUUCAUCAUGCUCUUUGUUAUAUUCCUGUAGAAAUUGUUUACAUUUUACAGAAAAAACCAAAGUUAGUAUCUUCAGCAGUGCAGGCAUUUUAUGAAAGAGAUUCAUCUGAUAUUAAAACAUGUAGAAGUAUGAGUUCUUUUAAGCCUGAAUCACGCACACUUGUCUUGGUGAGGUUUACUCGCCAUCUAUACUGCCAACUAAUGCAAGCCCAUUUUGUACCAGAGCAACACAGUCUAUGGAAACUUCCUGCAGUCAGCAAUAGCUUAAGGAAACCUGCAGAGUUGGGUUUUAAAUUAACAUGUGGAUUUCAAAUUUUGUUAUCUCGUUUAAAUGCAGCUGAUUCAAAAGAUAAUACAAAUAAGGCCCCAAGUUUGUCGGAACCUUCAGGAAAAAUGUGGGAACAAUACUUGCUUAACCUAAACAACAGUAAUUACUUUAAGAAUGAGUUAGAAGGAUCAGUUAAGUACAAAGACUUGAUGAACAAAGCAAAAUUGCAUUUUCAAGAUCAUGUUGCUAAUAGUUAUAAAAGUGAUGCUAUUGGUCUACUUAUUCAAGAUUUGAUACAUGAAAGUGGACAACAUAUUAGUGAUAUCAAACCUGCUUGUGAAAAUGUUGGAUUAGAAGAUGAUGAUUCUUGGAUGACAUUAACUGAAGAAGAAUUAGAUAACAUGAUGCUUAACAUGUGGGGGAAAAAUCACCCAGACACUAAAAAACACACAGAAAAUCUCAACACAUUGGUCACAAAUAUGAAAUCUUUUGUUGAACAAGUUUCUAGUUACGAAGGAGCUGAACCUCUAAAUAAUGAUUACAAAGGAGCCGAACCUCUAAAUAGUGAUUUGAAACAAAACGAUAAGGACAAGGUUCUUGAUCCGAUUCAUUUUGAACCUGACAUAUUUAUGAAAACAAUUAAAAAUCUUGAUUCUUCGAGCGAUACUAAUAAGCAAGAUAUGUCGGAUGACGAUGAAGAAAAUGACUCUGAUUCAGAUUUGGAUUCAGAAAUGGUCGAAGUGAUGCAGCAAAUGGAUAAUGAACUUCGUACCACAAAUAUACCGAAAAGUUUUGAUUGCAAAGAAGAAAAGUUUGGUUUGAAUGAAGAAAUCAUGAAUAUAGAUAUCAACCUUGUAAAGAAUUUUCUGGAGUCGUUUUCUAGCCAAGAGGGACUAUCAGGUCCUGUGUCUAAUAUUUUACAGAGCAUCGGCAUGAGUUUACCGCCAAAUGAUUAUGAAAUGUGAUUACGAAAUAUGGUUUGAUAAACAAGAAAGUUUCGUUUGAUGCUGGUCGGUCCUGUCAUGCAAAACGUGCUUAGUUCGUAUCGUUUGAAACGUAUUUUAGUUUCAUGCAAAACGUAAUCUGUUGUUUGGUAAUGAUUGGUCUAAAAUUAAAAUACUUUUUUUAAUUGCUUUUAAUAAAAAAGCAAAUUAAGUUAA